UCGCUGUAAGCUCGGCCACUGUGAGCCGUGCGGAGGGCGGGGGAGCCGGACUCCCUCAUCCAGCGCUUCGGGGAGAAAUAAGUCCCAGCGAAAGGACGACAAGUGUGGAAAUGGAUUCGACAGAUCUGUUUUUGACUCUGACAAAACAGCUCGAUUACUUUUUCGAUCGGGCGACUUUGGAGUAACAAAAGGAAAACGGUCGGUGUGGAAAUCUCGGAAGUCUGGUUAAACUUUCUGACUGGAGUUUUUGCUCUAAAACAAAUAUACAAACAAACAAACAAACAAAAAAAAACAACAACAACCAAACCGCUCGCGAGGCACCGCUUUUCCCGCUUUUCUGUGGACGCAGUGGAUCGGAGCAAAUCUCUAUUGUAAUGUUAAAAAGAAGUCGGGAGAGGGAAAAGGCGGCUGACGGACGAUCUUUUAAAUGAAGUUUAACUCCGACUCUGUCCCAAGUCCACUUUCUGCUGUCUUUUAACUCCACUUCUUCCUCCUGUGAGGUACAAAAUGAGGGAAAGGUGCAGUUCUCCACCUCGCUUCGUGACGAUGCUAAGCAACGGCUGAUCAGGGUCGAGGUGGACGGGUCCGUUUUUAGCAUGGGCUGUUUUUAAAAGCUGAAAAACACAAAAAAAGAAGCGGAAAAAGGGGACACAGUGGGUAACGUUAGCAGGACACCCUUCCUUUCCAGUAACCCGGGACCAGCCUGCUAUCAGCCCCCACCGUUCCCCCCUGAGAGAGGGGCUGUAGUGGCUAGCAUGGCUAGCAGCCCCUCAGGCAGCCGCAGGGACUCGGUGCUGGUCGAAGCUCGGCUCCAGGGCGGAGCGCCGUGGGGCUUCACCCUCAAAGGUGGCCUCGAACACGGAGAACCCUUAAUCAUCUCAAAGGUAGAGGAGGGCGGCAAGGCAGGGCUGCUAGAGUGCCCCCUGCUGGUGGGAGACGAAGUGAUCAUCAUUAACGGAGUGGAGCUGAGUGGUUUCAGACAGGAGGCCAUCUCUCUGGUCAAAGGCUCUUACAAAACACUGCAGCUCACCGUCCGCAGAGAGUGCUGUGCAGGUCCGUGCUGCGGCGAGUCCCGACCCCUCACUCCGUCCUCCUGCCAGCGGGCCCGCAAAGACCGAUGCAGCGGAGGAGUUCAGCUACGCAUCAAAAACAGGCGCAGUGAACCUGGGUCCCGUCCCCACUCCUGGCACUCCACUAAGCUGGGUGAGGGCCCUUUGGACCCCGACAGCAUGAUGCAGAUAUCCCAGGGUGCGAUGGGGGCUCCCUGGCACCAGAGCUACCACUCCAGUGCUUCCACCACAGACCUGUCUGGCUAUGAUGCGGGCUUUCUGAGGAAAAGUCCAGACCAGUACAGUUCACGGGGAAGCAUGGAGAGCCUAGAUCCCCCUCACCCCACCUACAGUUCCUGCAACCAGCUCUCAGCCUCCAAAUCCUCCAACAGCAUUGACCACCUACACAGCAAGCGCGAUUCUGCAUAUAGUUCUUUCUCCACCAGCUCUAGUAUCCCAGAGUACCUUGCAACUGCACCAUCAUUCACCAAGGAGCGGUCAUAUUCUAUGGAAAGUGUUCCGCAACAUAGAAUUGCAGAGGGCAUGCAGCAGGCAGAUAUUCGUUAUGUUCGCACUGUCUACGACUCCCAACAGGGUGUGUCGGAAGAACAUGAGGUCUCUUCCGCAGCGCUGCUGAGGAAUGAGACGAAGGCACAGUCAAGAAAUGUUCAGGGUGGGGUUUGUCACCGGGCCAACAGUAGCAGCAGUAGUAGUGGGAGCAGCGGAAGCAGCAGUGGUGGCACAUCUCACCGCCACAGUGUAGGCCCAGUAUGGGGCCCAACACAUAACCGCAACUCCUAUGAAAACCUUAAGGGGGCGCCAGCGCCUCCUUUACGCAGUGACAGCUAUGCAGCUAUCCGGAACCACGAGCGGCCUAACUCAUGGUCGAGUCUUGAGCAUGCUCGGUCCUUGAGGGCCCUUCACAAGGGUUCUUGGCAUCACUCAAGUGGUUCUGUAGCUUCAGGGAAGUCAUCUUUUGGCCUUGAGGGUCAGCUUCACACUGUCAUUGAAAAGAGUCCUGAGAGUAGUCCCACCAUUAAACCCAAACAAAGUUUCCCUGCUUCUUCGCAGCCUGGACGGGCUAUGCUACCCACUGGAGUCUACCCUGUUCCACUGCCAGAGCCCCAUUUUGCACAAAUACCUACUACUAAUCCUAGCUCCAGUAGUGUGUAUCCAGCACUUGCCAAGGAGAACAAUCACAUGCCUGAAAGGGACCAUUGUGGAGUAUCAGAGACUGGAGCCAGGAUGGCUGUAGAAAAUGGAUACCAAAGCACUGCUGCCUACUCCAGCGCUGUCCAGCCCCAUGCUCUUCCACCUCCCAAGCAGUCCGGCCAAGUGCAAGAUGACCCCCAAGCCAAAUAUGGUUUCUACAGGUCACAUUUACAACCACAGGGGUACAUGCCCCCAGCAUCGUCCAUGGGGCCAGAGAGGAGAGACCCUUACACCCCGGUUCAGCCAAGGGGGGAGAGACCCAGGUACUCACAUGGCAUGGACAUUAUGGAAUCUUACAGACAACCUAAAGAUGAAGAGUAUCAGGAACAGAAUGUCCAUCCACAGCUUGCUCAUACAUCCGUUAAAGUUGCACAGGGACAGGUUGCCCAACCUCACAGAGGCAGCACAGCCCAAGCACAAGGAAGUGACCAGAAAAUCAGCUCCUCAGGAAGGCACCACAGCGACUCCAGCGCCUAUCAGCAGAGGGACCAGGAUCUAGAUCAUCCCUUAACCCGACUAGAGAAUGCUCUAGCAGAGGUCCAGAGAUGUGCUAGCCCACAGAGCAGUACUAGUCAGAACAGCGUCCAGAGUGAGCGUAGCAUGUCUGUGCUAGAGAAAAUUAGUCACUUUGAGAGACAGCAGACCAAACCACGCAGUCACAGCAGCCUUUCCAGUUACAGUUCCUCUACACGUCCAAGUCAGGCUGCCCGCAGUGCCAAAAGUUCCCUCUCUGGUCUGGAGGAUCUACAAAACCACUCUUAUCCUCAAGGGAGAACUCGGAGUGCUUCUGCUAUGGCAAGCCAUGAGGGAAGCAUGGAAGGACAGCUAGACUUACGGCCGAGGUAUGGGAGCACUGAUCAGACUCAGUACAGGAAACCACAUGAUCUGCACAGGAGCAAGAGUUCCUUCCAACUUGGUGAGAACAAUGGCAAAGACAUCCACAGAAGCAAAAGCACUUUUCAACUUGUUGAGGAAAAUGGCAAAGACCUCCAGUGGAAGGAUGAUCUUCAGGAUUUCUUAGGCACAGUUCAGGACCCCUCUUUUAAUCGGGCAUACAGGGAUAGCAUCAAGGAUGCUCAGUCCAAGGUGCUGAGAUCCACUUCAUUCCGAAGGCGAGACUUGAGUGUAAACCCUCCUCCUGUGCCUGUCAAGCACAUGUCUCUGGAAAGGAAGGGACCCAAGACGAGUCCCAAACCCACCACAUCUCCACACACUCCUAAAGAACGACAUGUUGUCCCUGUUGAGGUACCAGAUAGAAGUGUUCCUCCUGAGCUUCCCAGUGUUCCUCCAGUAGGGCCUCCAGUCAUGCGAAUAUGCGGACGCAAGCGACUGACCAUGGAACAGAAGAAAAUGUCAUACUCUGAGCCAGAAAACAUGCAUGAAGUUGGGAUUUCUGAUCAAGAGUCUGGUUCAUUUCAGAGGAAGGCACCACAGUUUUUGAUUCCUGAGACAAGCGUUGCAGAUCGGCGCAGGAUGUUUGAACUUGUGGCUAGUCGCAGUGCAGGCCCUAAACCGGCAAUUUCAAGGCCUGAUUUGAAGCAGAUGCAGCAAGAUGCUCUGGCUGAGUACGUGGAGCGCAAGACAGGUCGACGGAUGGACGGACGUCCACAUCGUCCCCACAGUGCCUACAUGCAGUCAGCCUCCUCUUCCUCUACAGAUUCUCAAAGCCUAACAUCUACACCCAGUCUGUGCUCCCUUCAAGAGCUAGGGCCGGAGGGUGUUUCUGGAGUUAACCGCCAGUCCUCCACACUCAUGGCCAAUGUGCAGCUGCCUUUUUACCCCAACAGGGGCACACAGGCACAGGCUCAACCUGAAAUUUACCAGCCUAGGCCACAGGGUCAGCCUCUAGAGCCUCAGAAACCAGAAAGGAUUCUAGAGAGACCCAUCCAAGUCAAUGUUCCGGCUCAAGACCUCUGCAGUGGCCCUGUUCCUCAAAGAAAGGAUGGAGUGUUUGAAAGAUCUGCCCCAGCCAGGAGUUCAGGCAAGUCAGCUUCUGCAGAGGACCUCUUGGACUGCACUGAAGAACGCCCGGUUACUCAGCACUUCAGAUCAAGAUCCUCUCCAGUUGUGGAGAAUUACAAUAAGGACUUCUUUGCCGGAGACCUCAGAUUGUUUGGGAUCGUCUCUAAAGAGCCGCCUGAAAACAGAGCACUGGGGAGUGCAGCACCUGAGCGAGCGUCACUGGGCUCAGUACUUCUGGAGCGGAACUACCUGCUGAACCCAGGUCCGAGCCAGAUGAACACCCCUGUGACAAGGAGGGAAAGACAGCGGCACUCGGACCGGCCCCGGGCCCACAGCGCCUCCGGCCUGGCUGCCUCUGUGGGACUGCCGUGCCCGUUCUCUCCUCCAGGCUCCCUCACAGCUGGCGAGACGCAGUGCCAACCCAACCUGGACGCUAUCACCUUCCCAGGCACCGUUCACGAGAGUUCAUUCAGAACAUCAGGAACGGCGCAGCGAAAUUCUGACGACAUUUCCGGAGACGUCCUGAAAGACCUCUCGGCCACCCAGAAGACCGCAGCACCAAAGACGACCACUAACCUGACACCUCCACACUUAGAGGUCAAAGUCACAGAUUCACACGCACCUUUCUUCUCUGAUCCGCCUCCUAGGUCGUCCCAUUCAGGACCACCCACCGCUCCCAAAAGCCCCACCUCUCCCACUAAGCCCCUUCUAUCUCUGCGGAUCUCAGAGUCCAGUCUCCACUUCGCUCCACCUCCAGUCGUGUCACAGGAGGAUGAUGAGGUCUUCUUAGCUCCGCCUUCUCCACCACCACCUCCCCUGCCUAUCAGAGAGACAGACAUUACAGAGGACCUCCCAUUUCCGCGCCCGCCGCUCACGAUUGAGGACAUUGCACCACCUCCUGAGCUGAACAGUGUCUCUGAGCAUCAGUUUCACCAAGAUGGACCUCCACAUGAUUACUCCUCUGUGCCAGUAUCUUCUGACCCCAGUUCGGUCCCCAUCAGAGCUGAGGAGUCUGAAGCUGAGUCUGCGCUCCAGUACCCCGAGGGCAGUUCUGUGGAGAAGGAGGAGGAGGAGGAGGAGGAGGAGGCCUCUUCAAGCCUGGGCCUUGAGUCACCCCCACUGUCCCGGAGAGAGCGCUCAGCAGCGGAGGUGAAGGUGGAGGUUUUGGCUCGUGAGCUGAUGCACAGAGACGAGGCUCUAGCUCCACUCCUGGACGCCUGGUCAAGCACCAGCACACUGGACCUAAUGGAGGACAUCUUCCCCUCCCGUUCCUCAUCUACACAGCAGCAUAUGAGGAGCAGCACCACUUGUCCAGGCGACAGGGCUCCUGAUGCAGCCGGUGUGGCAGACACUACAGCGAAAGGGGGGAUGGAGACGGAUCUGGACGAGGAAGAGUCAGAUUUGAACCAGAAGAAGGUGGAGCUGAUGCAGGCUCUGGCUGUCAGUGUGGCAGUGCUGCACAGGGAGAGAGCGAGCCUGGCGGAGGACCAGCAGCGCUACAGCGAGCUCGGUUGCAGUAUGGAGACGCUGGUGCAGCAGCGCUGCAAACCCAACGAGAGGGAGAAGUACCGCAUGUUCAUCGGAGACCUGGAGAAGAUUGUGAACCUGCUGCUGUCUCUGAGCGGGCGGCUGGCCCGGGUGGAGAACGCCCUCAACGCCCUGGACAAGGAGACGGAGCAGGACAGCGCUGAGGAGAGGGUGUCUCUACAGCAGAAGCGCAAGCAGCUGUGCAGCCAGCAGGAGGACGCGCGAGAGCUGAAGGAGAAUCUGGACCGGCGCGAGCGCGUGGUCCUGGACUUCCUGGCCGGUUACCUGAGCGCGGCGCAGCUGCGAGACUACCAGCGCUACGUUCGCGCCAAACCGGCCCUGCUGAUCCGCCAGCGCCACCUGGACGAGCUCAUCCGUCACGGCGAGGAGCAACUGCAGAGACUGACUGAAAGCAUUCCCCCGGAGCUCCACCCACCUGGCACAGACUCCGCCUCCGUUUCCAGUUCAGACACUAGCCAAGCACAGGGUUCUAAUCCCCCUGCCCACCCACCACGACCCACCACUGUGACCUCACUCUGACUCCGCCCAUCAGUGCAGAAUAAUGCUGCUCUCAGCUGCUGAGAAGGUAGAGAACUUGAAGAGAUGAAGGUGAGAGAGGGAAAGAGAGAGAGAGAGAGAGAGAGAGAAAGAAAGAGAGAGAGUAGUAAAGUGGAUAAAAGAGGGAGGAAGAGAAAAUAAGCGAUCUAAUGUAACAUGUCCUCUUCCACGACCCCGUAUAUGUGCCUUAACCGAAGGAUUUUGCAUCAGCAUGAAGGACGAUGUUACUGAUUGUAGUCUGUUGCCUUUAGAAAGCGUCGUUAGAUCUGUCCUCAGCACCACAAGCCGCACAACGCCAGCAGAAAAUGCCGUACGUGCCUUGACGCUGUGUUUCGGAUCGGACACAUCGGCGCCAGGCGAUUCUAAACCUGCCACACUGUGUUUCUGAUCCAACAGAACGCCUCUGCACCGCACUGCCUCCACACUGUUUACCCCAGACAACAGCUCAGUACUGCACACCCCAGACAGUGGCUGUGACCGAAAUGCUUUAGAACACUAAUA